AUGGAGCUGCGGCAGGAACAGCUGCAGCAGAGGCGGCAGCAGCAGCAGCAGCAGCAGCAGGAAGACCACCACCAGCAGCAACACCGGCUGUACAUGCAGCAGCAGCACUACCUCCACCACCGGCAUCCGCAGCAGCAGCACCACCACCAGCAACACCCGCAGCAGCGGCAGCAGCAGCGACAGCAGCAGCAGCAGCAGCAGCAGCAGCGGGUGCCCGGCUCCACCAGCGGGCGGCAGCACAGCAGCACGCUGAGCUGCCCUGAACCCCAGGGCCUCUCCAGUGCUGCUUCUGGAGCCGAUUCUGAAAGUGCUUCUGGCUUUGAGAGCAGCAGCUGCUGCGGCGUGUCUCCUGCUGCUCGCCGCCGCAGCAGCCGCAGCAGCAGCAGCAGCAGCAGCAGGUACCGCAGGGCGCUCAGCCCCCAGGGCUCUUCUUUUGCUUCUCUCAGCACCGAAAACCUCACAGACACAAAUCGCCUUUUUGCAGAAGCUUCUCGAGAAGGCAGAGAUAGUGCUCCCGACGACUCGGGCCCUGAGCCUGCUGCUGCUGCUGCUGCUGCUGCUGCUGCUGGUUUUACUGCAGCAGCAGCAGCGGCGGCUGCGGGGGGCACAGCUGUGGCGCCCGCUGCUGCUGCAGCGAGCCCCCCUGCAGCUUCAGCGGGCCCCGAGAGACGGUCCAAGCCGGGCGCAGCAGCAGCAGCAGCAGCAGCAGCAGCCCCAGCAGCAGCAGCAGCAGCAAGAACUGCAGCAAAGGGGGCCCCCGCAACCCCCUGCCUCGCCCCCAGAAAGCUGCGGCAAAGGGCCCCCCCCAGAGUGGCCUGGGUCAACAGCAGAUUCAUCAGAGAACUCGCCAGCGAUGACCACCGCGCGGGCCAACUCCCCGGCUGCGCCAGUUUUGUUUAUUCUGCCUGCCACGUCGAGGGCUAUGACUUGCGGGCCAUUUACCAAGAUGCCAUUCAGAAAAAUGUGUUUUGUCGACUUCUAAGUGAACAUAGUGUUUUGGUCCUGGAGGUCGAUAGUUCUCUCCACCUCGCAGACCCCAAGGCGAGAAGCCAAGAAGCCUUCGAAGCCAUUUGCGGGCGGGCCUGGUCCGAGCGGGAGCUGGAGCUGCGGCCUUGUGCUUCAGCAGCAACAGCAGAGUGUUGGCGGACGCCUCCUGCUGCUGCUGCUGCUGCUGCUGCUGCUGCUGCUGCAGGGGGGCGCGGGGGCUCGAGCUCGUCGGAGCUGGAGGCUGCUGCUGCUGCUGCCGGGGACCUGCUGCUGCGCCGCUGCUGCAGCAAACCCCGCAGACACUUCGGAGACUCUUUAAAUGCCACUUUAGUUUUUAUUUUCGAAAAAGGGACUUUAGUAUUGUGGGUAGCAGCAGCAGACAGUCGUGCUGCAGGGCCCAAGGGCCGCAGGGAGCUUCUCUCCAGUUUGCUGUUCUUCUUGAGCCCUUUCGCCACAAGAUUUGUAAGGGCAGAUUUGGUGCAAGAAGAUGCCAUGAGAUUUGCCUAUGUCCGCCAAGUCCGAGCCAUGUUCCCCGACUACGAGGUACCGAAGUCGCGAAUUCAGCAAGACUGCAUUUACCUGAAGACUGCUUCAAUUGCGGAGAAGCUGUCGGCGUCUUUCGCUUUGGCCCAGUCAAUUCGACUGAGUGUUUAUGAGUGUUUGAUAAACUUCACAAUAGCGCGGGUUCGCUCGAUUCCCGAGCGCAUGGCUGCGCACGGAAGCGCAGAAGCUUCUUUAGGGUUUAUUUCCGAAAUUAAAUCAAAAGGAUUAAAAGGGUUUUCUUUUUUUUUCAAAAAGAUUAAGACCAUUAAACCCCCGGAGGCCCACGGGGCCCUUUGCGGGGACUUGUUGAAGAACAUCGUCGAAGUCAACAUUGUCCAGGACUUUCGAGACGUUCCGCAGUACUUUUGGAACGACGACAGGUGGCAGUACUUUUGGCGCCGACUGUACGUACACCUGGAAAUUCAAAAGCGCAUCAAGUUAUUAAACAACAGAUACUUUUGCAUUCACGAACUUCUCAAAGUAGUCCGCGAAGAAAGACGCUCUCGACAGGAGUUUCGGCUCACGUGGAUUAUCGUCAUUCUUUUAUUUUUUCAGGUAGUUGCGUUGGCGCUUCGGAAUUUCGUAAUUCACCCAUAUGAGCAAAUAGACGGCAAAAGCCGUCGGGGCUGA